AUGGACAGAUUGACUGUGUUUCCCGAUAUCUAUCCGUCCGACAAUACCCUCGAGACAGAAGUCCCAUGGAGCUUGGCCGAUGCAAUUCCGGUCUCGGUCGAGACAUUAGUCUUGUCAUGGGCGUCUCUGCUGCAUGCCUACACGGGCGAGGAGCAGCCUGUGUUCACCCUGGACCAGAGUCCGGUUAAGGUCGACCUUGCUCAGGCACAUUUUGACACUGUAUCUUUACAUGCAACUACACAACCGAAUGACAUAUAUUAUACGAGUAUCGUGCUUACACCAACAAAUUCUGACUUGUUGCAGACGAAGGCACAGCAAAUUACAGGCAAGCGUAAUUUAUAUCUCUCGAUUGAUCUGGCCACGGGUGCUGGCUUUUUGAGAUCAGAAGUUGGAAUACUACCUGAUCAAUUAAAGCAGAUUGGUCUCCAGCUGUUUCAGUUUGUGAAAAGACUUGGUGUACUGGGCGAGCAUGCAGAUUUUGGCGAGAAACCGCUGCUAUCUAUUUCCAACCCAGAGCCUCGUCAGUUGCCUGGGCCCCAGUUCCUGCAUCAUCUAGCAUUCAGCCAUGCCGGAGGAGAUGCCCUCGCCUUGGAAUUCCUCAACGCCGAUGAUUCCAUCCAGAGUCUCUCAUUCAGAGACCUGGAUUACUACUCGACACGAUUGGCACAACAAAUUGCCAUGAACAUUGACCAAACUUUGUCAAAUCGAAUUGUUCCUGUGCUUCUUGGCCAGUCCGUCGAUCUUUAUAUCGCAUGGCUCGCUGUUCUGAAAGCAGGCGCUGCUUUUUGUCCAUUGGGAAUAGAUUCUCCAGAAGAUCGUAUCAACUUUAUCUUAAAAGACGUUGCCGCAAGUGUGGUAGUCACCCAUAGUAGAUUCCAAACGAAACUAGAAAAUGCGAAGGCAAUAACACCUGUUUUAGUGGAUGAACCCGUUUUGGAAGAUAUUCCAGCUAUCUUGGAUAACUUGAAUCUCCGGUCAGAAGAUCUGGCGUAUGUCAUGUACACGUCCGGUUCAACAGGUCGACCCAAAGGCGUGACAAUUUCUCAUAAAGCAGUCACUCAGUCACUGCUCGCGCAUAACAGCAUCAUCCCAUCAUUCCAUAGAUUUUUGCAAUUUGCUUCACCCACAUUCGAUGUCUCCGUCUUUGAAGUCUUCUUUCCGUGGUUCAGGGGUGCGACUCUGGUAGGUGCCGAACGAGGCGUCAUGCUUCGUGACCUUGGAAAUACAAUCACAGCACUACAGGCCGAUGCUGCUGAACUCACCCCAACGGUGGCUGCCGAGCUACUACGAAGUCGUCAAAGUGUACCGCGUCUUCGGGUUCUCCUUACAAUUGGUGAAAUGCUUACCAAGAAGGUGGUGGAUGAAUUUGGUGCCUCUGCAACAAGCAAUGGAAUUCUCCAUAGCAUGUACGGCCCAACUGAGGCGGCCAUUCACUGUACCGCAGCGACUCAUUUUCAAUCGGAUUCCACAGUCAAUCUAAUCGGGCAGCCUCUGGAGACUGUCUCUGCUUUUGUGAUGUCUCUUGAAAAGAAUCCACCCUCUUCAGAUCCCGUGAUACUACCUAUUGGUCAGAUAGGAGAGCUGGUAGUUGGCGGGCCACAAUUGGCACAAGGCUAUAUUAAUCGCCCGGUUGAAAAUGCCAAGGCUUUUCUCCGUAAUUCAAAACAUGGUCGAUUGUACCGAACAGGAGAUAAGGCUCGAAUCCUACCAGAUGGGCGAAUUGAAUGCUUGGGGAGAAUAUCUGCUGGUCAGGUUAAAUUACGUGGCCAGCGGGUGGAGCUGGGAGAAAUUGAAAGCGUUAUUUGCCUUCAUCCGAAUAUCCACAGCGCCAUUGUUGGUUUAGUUCGUGGAAUACUGAUUGCAUGGGUAUUGAUCGAUAAUGAGAAAGACGUGCAACCGGAAGAAAUUCGUCGAUUUUGUCAAAAACUGCUUCCAACUUAUAUGGUCCCUGGAGACUAUGUCACUCUUGGAGAAUUUCCGCGACUUGAUUCCGGAAAAGUAAACAAAAAAGCCCUGGAGGCAGACUAUGACCAGAACUAUCUCAAACAGACAACAGGAUCGAUUAUGUCAUUUCGAGAUUCGCUUGAGGAACGCAUUUAUGAGGCAGUGGGUACCGUUUUGGGCACCUUUGAAAAUCAAAACGAGAGUCUUUCUGCCAUGGGGUUGGACUCUCUGACUGGUAUUAGAUUGGCUGCGAAACUACGCGAGAUAAGCAUUAAUUUAGAUGUCGGAACUCUUUUGGUUGCGGAUACAGUUAGCAAUAUCUGGGACUUUGCUAAGGAGACUGGAGAACAUUUGCAAGAACCUUCCGACAGAAAUAUUAAUAACAUAUGGGAAUCAAUUAGCAGAACGGGGUUGGCUGUGCUCGAUGCAAAGGGUAUUCGAUCACUUGUCGACAAAGUAGAGCCAUGCAGCGACACUCAGAUAGCCAUGCUUUCUGAAUCUCUUCGAGAUCACAAAGCUUAUUGCAAUUGGGUCGAACUGAGAUUUCAAGAGGGUCUCCAAUUACCAGCCAUAGAACAAGCUAUAUCUACGCUCAUAAAGCAUAAUGAGAUGCUGCGCUCUGUCUUCCUUAAAAUUGAUGUACCCGAAAACCCCUUUUGUCGAGUUGCAUGGAAGAGAGCAAAUUUGGACGACUAUUUUCAAGAGAAAACAUCUUUCGAUUAUGAUUGGAGUAUAGAAUUUGACGACAGCAUUUUGAUACCCUUUAAAGUUCAGUUUAUUCAAGAGAAAACAUCGGUUCGAGUACUGGUUCAACUACAUCACGCAAUUUAUGACGGUUGGUCUUGGGAGUUGGUACUAGAUGACCUUCGAUCUGCGUUGGCUGGGGAACAUUUAGAUACUCGACUUCCAUUCUCUAACGUAGUAAGGCACUACCUAACAACAAAUUCCUCACAAUCCGCUGCAAAGGCGGCUUACUGGGAAGACUAUAUACGAGGAGCUAUGCCUUCGACGUUGCCGCUGUUCCAGAGCAAAAUUGAUGUACCAAAAAGAGUUGGAAAGGCCUACCGAACUUUCAACACUUCUUUACUACAUGUCGAUAGACAGGCCCGGUCCCUCUCGAUUAGCCGACAGGCCUUUUUUCAGGCUUCUGUGGCAUACAUUUUAUCUUCAUAUCUGGAUACCGAUGAUGUGAUAUUCGGCACUGUCUUCUCAGGCCGCACGUUACCUGUUGAAGGCAUCGAAAACACCAUCGGGCCUUGCCUUCGUAUAUUUCCCAACCGCGUAAAUCUGUCAUGGGUACGAACUAUUCAUGAUCUUUUAAUAGUCAUUCAAAGAAGCAAUCGAAAGACAUUGGAAUAUGGCAAUAUUUCACUUCGCCAAAUCAAAAAGCUUUCUGGCGUCGAUAACUCGACCCGUCUGUUUGACUGCCUUUUUGUUUGGCAGGAGCUUCCAGGGCAUGAUUCGAGAACUAGCUCUUACUUUGAGCAAGUCGCAGCCGAGGACUUUUUAGAAUUUCCUUUAGUUAUCGAACUGGAACCUAAGGAUGGGAAAGUCAUGGGGGUUGCGACAUACGAGGAGUCUGUCUUCCCGGAAGCUCAGGCAAAUUUACUACUAGAGCAGAUUGAUGAAAUCGCCACCCUCUUCACCAACUCGCUGGACUCGCAACUCAAUAAUUUUAAUCAUCAACUUUCCUCAUCUAUACUCUCGAUAGAAAAUAAUCGCCUUGUACAUCUAGAUGAUUUGACAUCGUUGGCAUAUCAAGUCGAGCAGCUGGCUGCGAAAAACCCUAGGCGAAAUGCUGUUGAAUUUAUUCACGAUCUUGACCCAGAUACUGGAGGUAGUAGUGUUUAUUCUCUCACUUAUCACGAACUUAAUCAACGGAGUAAUCGGCUAGCUCACUAUCUACUGAGCUGUAACGUCAGAGGCGGAGAUCUUGUCGGCAUAAUUCUGGAUAAAUCUCUGGAACUAUACAUAUCUAUAUUGGCAGUGAUAAAAAUCGGUGCAGGAUACGUGCCUUUGACUCCUUUGACACCGAACCAAAGGGUUCGAACUGUCUUGGAUGACACUAGGCCGAGAGUAUGUAUUGUUACACCUAGUCUCAUCUCUGAACUGAAGCAUCUGGAAUGGUUGCGUCUUCUGGAUCUCGAGGACGUGGAUUUUAUACAGUACUCAGAUGAGAAUCCUGCAUCCUCCCAUCAAGAUUCUAAUGCAGCCUAUGUUGUUUACACGUCUGGGAGUACAGGGAAACCUAAAGGAGUCGUGAUCACUCAUCGUAACCUACAAAGCAAUAUUGCAACACUCGCUGAAAUAUAUCCAAUUGGGGAUCAUCCCAAGCUCCUUCAAGCUUGUUCACAGGCCUUUGAUGUUUCUGUUUUUGAGAUAUUUUUUUCAUGGCACUGUGGGAUGACUCUCUGCUCAGCCACAAAUGAUGUGAUGUUUCGGGAUAUCGAGGAGGUUAUACGAAACAGACAUGUAACUCACCUCAGUCUCACUCCAACGGUAGCAGCUCUUAUUAAACCCGAGAAUGUACCGAGUGUGAGAAUGCUAGUAACUGCUGGGGAGGGCUUAACGGCAAAGGUACACCACGAUUGGGCGGGGAUGGGCUUGUAUCAAGGCUAUGGUCCAAGUGAAACCACAAAUAUUUGCACAGUUCGAUCCAACGUCACCAUCUCUGAUAAUGCAAGAAAUAUCGGCAAACCUUUCAAGAACACCUCCGUUUUCGUUACCUCCGAAGGCCCUGGAUUCUCCUUGCUACUACGAGGCGCUGUCGGUGAAUUCUGUUUUGGGGGUGAUCAAGUUGGACAAGGUUAUCUCAAUCAACCGAGCUUGACAAGGGAGAAAUUCUUCAUCCACCCUGAAUUUGGUCGACUGUAUCGAUCUGGCGACUUUGGGAGACUGCUCCCCGACGGAUCAUUAAUGUUCGUUGGCCGCCGAGAUGACCAAGUCAAGCUUCGUGGUCAGCGAGUGGAACUAGGAGAGAUAAACAGUGCUAUUCUAUUCAACAGUGAGGCUCAAGAUUGUGCAUCAAUGAUAGUCGGAGACAAAAGCAAUUCUCGACAGCAGCUCGUUAGCUUCUUUGUUCCAAGGCUUCUUUUCACGCCAAUGGAGUUCAACGAUGAGUUGAAGCACUCAAUCAAGAUUCUUUUUGAGUCUUUGACUGCUAGGUUGUCUUCAUAUAUGGUUCCUUCGUAUCUAAUACCAGUGGAAGCAAUCCCAAUGACAAUCGUGAAGAAAAUAGAUAACAGAAAGCUGAAAGAUAUGUUUGAAAUGCUAUCCCCAGCGGAACUGGAGAAGUUUUCACAAUCACAAGGAGAUACUCAUAGUACUGAACUCUCGGAGGACGAAGAGAAGGUUGCAAAUAUCAUUUCUCAAGCGACAAAAAUUCCCUUAGAGCUUUUACGACCAAGCACGUCUCUAUAUAAUGUCGGUAUUGAUUCGAUAUCUGCUAUUCAUGUUUCGAGGCUGCUUAGAAAAUCCGGCUUUGGUCAGGUCGAUGUUUCUUUAAUUCUGCGGCAUUCCUCGAUUGGAGCGCUAUCAAGGGCGAUCAGAAAGAAGACGCUGCAAGAACAAGAAUACAAUGAAUCGCAAACGAUAGAUUUAGAAAAGAAUAGUCUGUUGGGAGAUGAACUAGUCCAAAAAGUGCUGAAGGACUUCUACUCAGCAGGCCACAAGGUGGAAGCAGUGAUUCCUUGUACUGCUUUGCAGGAAGCAAUGUUAUCCCGCACAAUAUCGAAUGAGGACAACGCCUACUGCAACCACAUCCUUCUUGAAUUCAAAGGAGACUUUGGUAAGCUUCGUGAUACAAUGCAACAGAUGGCUUGUAGGCAUGAAGUUCUACGCACGUGUUUUGUUACUACGAACAAUGCUAGAUUUACCUUUGUACAAGCUAUCCUUCAAACAGUUUCGAUACCUUGGACUGUAGUUGAAACUACAGAUUUGGCCAUGGAAAUCUUGAGUCAAAAGUCAUUAUUUGCCACGCACGCUCAGCAGCCCUUUACAGUCCCAUAUUCAAUUGUUGCCCUUACUGAAGCUUUCACUGACAAGAAAGUACUUCUAUUUUCGAUUCAUCACGCAUUGCAUGAUGGUCAAGCAAUGGCUCUGCUCUUGAAGGAAAUUGAAACGUCAUAUGCUGGAGGCCAAUUACCAGUUCCUACACAGUUCCGUCAAUUCGUCAAUUAUAUCCUUGCAAAUAGCGAGGAAGACACCAAUCCUUUUUGGAACAAAUACUUGGAUGGCAUUCCUGGAUCACUUCUCUUUCCGUCCUUGACAACGGACCCGAUGGCCAGAAGUCAUUCAAUUGAUAUUUAUAAAGAACAAUUUGAGCUUCCGCUGACAGAAUUUGAAACAAUGUGUAAGAAUCUCUCCGUGACUCCUCUGAGCCUAAUCCAGGGAGCCUGGGCAAUGCUACUAUCAAUCUAUACCACUUCAUCAGAUAUUUGCUUUGGAAAUGUUUUCAGUGGCAGGACGAUACCACUGGAAGGUAUAGAAGACAUCAUUGGGCCGUGCUUCAGUGUUCUCCCAGUUCGUUUUCAAGUAUCGAAUACAGCACUUAGUCUUGAUGUGGUGAAAUCAGCACACAAAGCCAACAUCGACAUCAUGGCUUAUCAGCACACAUCAUUGAGGCAAAUUUCGAAGAAGCUUUCAGGUAAACCUCUAUUUGACUCGAUUGUGCUGCUUCAGCCCCCUGUCACAGAGCUAGACCAUGAACUGUGGCAAAUGUUGUCCGAGGAAGGAGACAUGGAUUUUCCGGUUAUUCUUGAAAUUUUACCAAGUGUACGGCAUGACAAUUUAUCAAUACACCUCCAUGUCAACUCCCGUCAAGUAACGGUAGUGGAUGCAAAGACUAUAAUCAAGGAUUUCACGGAUCUUGUCAUCCAGAUACUACGAUACCCACUUUCCAAAGCUAUUGAUCAUCGUAAUCUCCGAGACCUACCGACAAUUGCACAGAAGGCAAGAGAUUUCAGGGAAAGUAUCGCUGUAAAUGGGAAGAAAGAAUUAGGAUCAAGGCUGGCGGGCUUACAACUUUCGGAUGAAGAGUUAAGAGUUCGAGAUAUAAUUUCCCGACUAUCUGGAUGUGAUCCACAGAUUAUCAAACAUGAUACCACCAUAUUCCAGCUUGGACUCGAUAGUAUCAAUGCCAUCCAGAUUUCAGCCUUCUUGAAAGAUGCAGGUUAUCUGGUUUCUGCAGCAGAUAUUCUUGAAAAUCCAAGCACAAGUGGAAUUGCAAAUUUAUUGCAACAUCGCAAUGCCUCACCGUCUAUGAAAAUGUUUGACUUCGCUUCAUUUGAGAAAACUCACAGAGAAGAUGUUCAGAAUCGCUUGAAUCUCGAAGAAAAAGAUAUUGAAUCUAUACGCCCAUGUACAUCAACCCAGGCUGGCAUGCUGGCGGAGUUUACCAGAUCUAAUGGUGAUCUAUACUGUAACCGACUUUUACUAAAGUCAACGGCACCGAUUGACCUUAAACGCCUGAAGAGUGCUUGGUCUAAUACAAUGGCUCGACAUGAAAUGUUACGAACUGGCUUCAUCCACUUAAAGGAUCGUGACUUCCCUUUCGCUAUGGUUACUUAUUCUCCCGGCCAGAUUCCUCUUCCGUGGACCGAAUAUCAAACGGUAUCUUCAAACAAUGAGCAUGAAAAUCGAAGAAAAUCUAUCCAUGCAAACCUACAUUUGCCUCCAUGGCUAAUCUUCGUACGAGAUCUCCAAUCUGCAGCAGAGCUCGAUAUAACUGCUAUGCAUGCCAUAUACGACGCCCAAUCUAUGGAUAUGAUACUUUCAGAUGUUGCACGUGAUUAUCAAGCACAAAGUUUACCUCGUCUUGCGUCUAUAUCACCAGUACUUGGACAAAUUCUCAACUCCGCAUCCUCAAUAAAUACCGAUAUAGAUAAUUUUUGGAGUGAAGUGGGCUCGGAGUUUCAGAUCACAAGCUUUCCCAACUUGAACCCUGUUAACGAGAAAUCAUCUGAAAUGAUUGAAACUAGUCGAUAUUCUUCAGCGCCUCUAGACAUGAUCAGUGAAAGGUGUAGAGCUAUCGGCGUUACAUUACAAGCUGCAGGACAAGCUGCUUGGGCUAGGCUCCUUUCUGCGUAUACCGGCGAGACUAAUGUUUCCUUUGGACUGGUUUUAUCAGGUCGUGACAUCUCUCGUGAUGCCCAAAAUGUAUCAUUUCCCUGUCUAGUUACGCUUCCUUUUCGAUGUCUUGUUGAAGGAAGCAAUAGGAGUUUUAUUUCUUCAAUCAUGAAAACCAACGCUUCUUUCAUGAAACACCAGUUCACUCCAUUUACAAAAAUUCAAAAGUUGUUUAAAGCUGAUGGAGGACUCGUGGACACUCUCUUUGCCUAUCAGAAAUUCUCACACACGAAGGAAGAAAGUCAAUUUUGGGAGGUGGUUGAAGAAGAUGCUCGAGUUGAUUAUCCUAUAUCGAUGGAAAUGGUUCCCGAUGACAAAGGUGUUAUGUUGCGCGUGACAUGUCGAGGGGAUGUUGUUCCGCAAUCACAUGCAGAUCUCAUAUUGAGGCAAUUUGACCAUCUUCUACUCGAUUGUUUGCUUCGUGCAGAAUCGAGUUGUAGAGAUAUCUCGACCAUGCAGCGUAACCUGCUUUCUAUAACGCCAGCCAAAGAGUCUCGUAUUCCUUCUCAAGUUGCAUUACUGCACGAAUUUGUGGAAAGCAGUGCGCAAAGAUCCCCGAACCGAGUAGCUCUUGAGUUUGUUUCAGGAUUGAGUCUUGAAAAAAUCAAGAAAGAGACCUGGACAUAUAGUGAAUUGGAUCGCAUUGGAAACAAAGUUGCUAGACUGCUGCAAACCCUUGAAACGGGUGAAAGGCGUCUGAUUGCGAUAUGCUUUGACAAAUGUCCCGAGGCAUACUUUGCUAUAUUGGGUAUUCUUAAAGGUGGCCAUGCAUUUGUUGCACUGGAUCCUAGUUCGCCGUUAGCCAGGAAACAGUUCAUUGUUGAGGAUUCAGCCGUCCGCACCCUACUCUGCACCUCAGAUAAGCACGAAGAACUAAACUCGCUUUCAGGUGUUACUACAGUUGAAUUGGACAAACCCGGUAUUUUAGAUGACAUCUCAGCGGACCCAAUAGAUUCUACAAACCCAAUUUAUCCAGAUGAUACAUGCUAUUGUCUGUACACGUCCGGGACAACAGGGACUCCAAAGGGUUGUGAAAUAACGCAUGAUAAUGCUGUACAGGCUAUGCAAUCUUUCUCAAGAUUAUUUGACCAAAACUGGGAUGAAGAUUCUCGCUGGCUACAGUUUGCUUCAUUUCAUUUUGAUGUCAGCGUUCUGGAACAGUACUGGAGUUGGGGUGUAGGAAUAUGUGUCACCUCUUGCCCUCGAGACCUUUUGUUUCAAGAUCUUGCUGGGACUAUGAAGCAACUUGAAAUCUCCCAUGUGGAUCUCACUCCAAGUCUUGCCAAGUUAAUUACCCCAGAAGAAGUGCCAUCAUUAUGCAAAGGAGUGUUUAUCACCGGUGGGGAGGCGCUCAAGCAGGAGAUCUUAGAUGCGUGGGGAAGACAAAAGGUAAUAUACAACGGUUACGGUCCUACUGAAGUUACCAUUGGCUGCACUAUGCUUCCCAGGAUGGACGAGAAUAGCAAAUCGUCUAAUAUUGGUGCUCAAUUUGACAAUGUCGGAUCGUACGUCUUUCAACCAGGUACAACGACUCCUGUGCUUCGAGGAGGUAUAGGUGAAUUAUGUGUAUCUGGUGCUUUAGUGGGCCGAGGCUAUUUGAAUCGCCCGGAAUUAACUCGAGAGAAAUUCCAGUAUAUCGAUGAGUAUCACGAGCGAGUAUAUCGUACAGGCGAUCUCGUCAGAAUACUGCAUGACUACAGCUUUCAGUUCCUGGGACGUAUAGAUGAUCAAGUGAAAAUCCGAGGCCAGCGACUCGAAAUAGGGGAAAUAAACGCGGUUAUUCAAAAGUCGACCCCCGAGAUAGCAGAAGUUGCGACUCUAGUGAUCAAACACCCAAGUCAGAUGAGAGAACAGCUCGUGUCUUUCAUUGCGAGGGAAAGGCCAGACAAAAAACGGAAAGCCCUUGAGAUUGUUGAGGAUGAUAACAUAUACAAUAUUAUUGCGUCAGUCCAAGAAUUUACUCAAGCAAAGCUCUCUGGAUACAUGGUUCCAACUCAUAUUAUACCGAUUUCAGCAUUGCCGUUAUCUGCGAAUAAUAAAGUUGAGAUGAAAGCCUUGAGGGCCUUCUAUGCAGAGAUUUCUCUUGAAAAGCUUCAACAACUAAGUUCUAUUAGCCGAAAAAGACGGUCUUCAUGUCGCGAAGACGUUCGACAUAUUGUUCGGGUUCUUGCGGACUUUUCCAAAGUAAAGCCUAAUGAAAUUUCUCAUUCAACCAGCAUCUAUGACCUUGGAUUGGAUUCAAUUUCGGUUAUAGGACUUGCCCAGAAGUUUAGGGAUGCUGGAUAUGUUGGAGCCCAUGUUUCUUUGAUUAUGAAAAACCCCUCUGUUGCAGGCAUUGCUUCGGCAUUGAAGAGUUCCAAUUCUGAGACCGCUUUGUCGAAGAUGGAUUACGAAAAUUGUAAGCAGAAGAUUAAGGCUUUUGCGCAUAGAUACACCUUUACCGCUGCCGAGAGUAUCGGUGUUCCCACUCACAUUAUUCAAGAGAUAGCUCCUUGCACGCCGUUACAGGCAGGAAUGAUUGCCCGCUUUCUAGAAAGUUCGGGACACCCAUAUUGCUCUUUGUUUAGAUUUGAGCUAAAUUCCGACGUUGAUCUCGAACAACUGAGAUCAGCCUGGUCUGAGACGCAGGAAAACAUUCAAUUGCUUCGUGUUCGGAUGGUUGCAUUGCCCGACGGCUUUGCGCAAGUGUUUUUGAAGCACGAUGAAAUCAAAUGGCUAGAGAUAACAGCGACAGAUGAUGACAUACUAGGUCGCGGAAAGAAUUCGUGGAAGUCAUGGUGUGACGAUAUACAAGAUUUUUCUGGCCCUUUGUGGUGCAUAAGAAUCAUCAAAUCUUCAAACCGAAGAUUGCUUUGCUUGAACAUAUUUCAUGCACUCUAUGAUGGCAAUAGUCUUCCUCUACUUUUGGAACAAGUCACUUUACGAUACCAUAGGAAAGAAAUCCCGGAUAAUAUCCCUUCUUUCACAGAAGUCUUACCGCGAGGACCACUGCGAGAAUUACCAGAAGCUAAAGAUUUCUGGACAAGCCUCUUCAAUGAUCUUCCUGCAAAGAGUUACUUUAAGGACGAUUUGCCAAGCGAUUCAUUACAAGCAAUAAUUUUGACUCGUGAGUUAAAGAAGAUCGACGGCCUCGUUGAUAUAAAGGCUUCUCUGCAAGUAACGGAUAACGCCAUCUUUCACGCGUGCUGGCUUCUAACGCUAGCACUUGAUAUUCCUAACGCAGAGUACGUUGUUGGGCCUUUGUUCAACACUAUUCCUAGUUACAUUUCAUUUCAUUCCUCAAACACGAAAGCCGAUCUUAUCAAGUCCUGCCAUCACUAUUAUGUAUCCACUCUUCCUUAUCAACAUACUCCUCUCCGUGAUAUUGGAAAAUGGCUAGGAAGAAAACCAAAUCAGCCUCUAUUUGAGAUACUAUUCGUAUAUCAAAAGUCUAACCCUACGAAUGAAGAGAUAUGGUCGGAGGUCGAUUCUGUCGCUACUGUCGAUUAUCCCCUCUCCCUUGAAGUUCAACAAAGCCAAACAGGUAAUAUGACAGUAACUUUGGCGGCCAAAAACCACGCUGUUUCAGCAGAUGAGGCAGAAUCACUCUUGUCUACUUUCGAGAGAAUCUGCAAAACAAUACAUCUUGAAAAGGAGACAAAACUUCCUAGUGAAUUUCAAGGACCCAAUGAGCACUCCUUUGCUUUUCACCACUCUAAAAAAAGCGGUGAUUAUGAAACCGUGAACUCAGGUCGUGAACAUGACUGGACACCAGAUAUGACUGAAAUUCGAAGCGUUAUCGCCGAGCUUGCAUGUGUUGAUGCAGAGUCGAUCCACCUCGACACGUCUAUCUUUGAGCUUGGAUUGGAUAGCAUUGAUGCUGUGAAAUUGUCCUCAAGAUUAAGGGCCCGUGGAAUCAGCCUUCCCGUCAGUUCGAUCAUGAACCAAAGGACCGUCUUGAAAAUUUCAAAUAGUUUGUCCACUCCGUCAAAUUCAAUAAUGAAGAAACAAGGGUUCUCCCUUAAUAAGCUGAGUCAGAAAAUUACUGCAAGCUUGAAGCAAGAUGGAAAGCUUCCGGUGGAUGUAGUCAAAGUCCUACCUCCCACGGCACUUCAGGAAGCAAUGGUUGCAGAGAUGAUUAUGUCAGAAUACCAGCACUACUAUACAUUGGAAGUCUUUGAAGUAGUAGAGAAUGUGGACUUUUCAAAUCUUUUGACAUCCUGGAAGACUGUUGUUGAUGCUCAUGACAUUCUCCGGACAACCUUCGUGGAAGUAGAGGAUCCAAAUAUCCCAUACUCUUACGCUCAAAUAGUACAUGCGCCAAAUGGGAAUGGGAUUGAAGUGAUUGACUUACGAGAGAACUCCAUUGACAAUUACGUCAAGUCAAUCAAUGGCAAUAAGACUCGACCGUCCCUUUCCAUACAAGGUGCUCAGACGGAUAACAAGCGUUACAUUAUCCUGUCUAUUGCCCACGCACUAUACGAUGGAUGGUCUUUUGAUCUCUUGCAUACCGAUAUUGAGAAGGCAUACCUCGGCCAUUCCGUUACCCGGCCUCCAUACGAAGGGCCAUUGGAACAGAUCCUUACUUUGUCAGACGAUAGUCAUCGAAAUUUUUGGGAUGUGACCCUCAAAGGUUUUAUACCCCGUCGAUUUCCAAGAGGGACAGAGGCUCGAGGAGAUAGAUCAACUUUGCAUCGCUUGGAGCGGUCUUUUAACGUUCCAUGUGAGGAUAUUACGCAGUUUUGCAAGAAAAAUGGGGUCACAGUACAAGCCCUAAGUUUAGCAACCUGGUGCCUUACACUAGCCAGCUUCGUCAGAAGCCUGGAUGUCGGAUUCGGGCUUGUUCUUUCUGGCCGAAACUUUGCUGAUGCCAACGAAAUCAUGUUUCCAACAAUGAAUACUGUAGUCUUCAGGGCCAUUCUCCAUGGUUCACGAUUGGAUAUGCUUAAAUACAUCCAGAGCACCCUUGGGGAAUUGAGCGAACACCAAUACUAUCCACUCCGGAAAGCAAGUACUGAAGUCGCAGCUGGCUCUCUUUUUGACACGAUCUUUAUAUACCAGAAACGGCCAACAACGUCGCACACUGGCCAUGAGUCUCUUUACAAAUCAAUUAAGGGGUCAGCUGAUACAGGCUAUCCAUUAUCAGUUGAGAUGGAACUUGAGGGGGAUUCAAUGAUAUCUCGCAUCGCAGCUCGAGACGACCUUUUGGGGUUGAACGACGCGGCAGAUGUUCUAGAGAAAAUGAGCAAAGUGUUCCAUCUCAUUAUGUCCGAGCCACAACAUCCUACAGUCGAUUUCACAGAUAAUGGUGUGAUAGUGUGCCAAAGUGCUGUCUUCCAAGAGAAGGCUGAUGACCAGAAGAAGGACGAGAUAAAGGACCCCGAUGAAUCAGCAACUACCACGACGUGGACUGAUUUGGAAAUUUGCAUAUGCGAGACGCUCUCAAUAUUAUCAGGCAUACCCCGAGAAAAUAUCAGCAAAGAUUCGACAUUGUUCAACCUUGGACUCGACAGUAUCAGUGCCAUCAAAGUCUGCACCUUGUUGAAACACCGGUCGGUCAUUCUACCGGUCACCACAAUGCUGAAGGCAGGGUCUAUCAAAGAAAUGGCAAAAGCAGUCAAAACUCAAAAAGAUUAUGCUGAGAAUCCGGGCAUUUUUUCUAGCUCAGAGUUGAACAGUCUUGAUGUGGAAGGAAUCUUGUUAUUAAACAAAAUCCCGCAAAAUGAGGUUGAAAAGGUCCUUCCAGCUACAUCAGGACAAAUAUAUUGCCUUGCUAUGCAUGCGCAAAAUCCACAAAUCUUCUACCCGAGCUUUUUCUACUCUGUUAACAGUCUCUCUAGUGGGCAGCUGGACAAAGCGUGGACACGGCUAGUAUCGCAGCUUCCUAUUCUGCGCACAAUAUUUAUACGUACCGGCAUACGAGAGAUUGCAUUCGCACAGGCGAUUUUAAAGGAGUCGAAAAGUUCAAUUUUUUGGCAUGAGACAGCUUCAGACGCAGAGUUUCUACGACCAAAACAAUGCCCUAUUGCUUCAGGACCAGUUUCUAUUCAUGCGACUGGCACCAAUCAGGGAAUCUUGAUAAACUUACAUAUACACCAUGCCCUCUAUGACGCUAUAUCUCUUCCGAAGAUUAUAGAUUGCCUUGGUCAGUUAUGUAGCAGCGAGUGGCUUCAUGAUAGAGAAUUGGAUUUCUCCAAAUUCAUACAAUUUCAAGGUGCGCAGUCGCUGCUGGCUGUCCGAAAACAAUUCUGGCGAAGUUAUCUUUCCGGGAUGCCUGGAGAAUCUCAACGAAACAUCAGCGGGCAAGAAUCCAGUGAGAGAAGCGAAUUGUAUCAACCGGGUCUUAUUGAUAGUGUAGAUAAGUUAGAGACCGUUGCACGACACAACGGUCUUAGUCUUCAGUCGAUAUUCAUAGCGGUGUAUUCCAAGGUGCAUGCGCAAUUGGCAGGCAACGCAAGCACUGAAGAUCUUGUUUUGGGUGUGUACUUGGCGAACAGGGGCUAUGAGCUUGAUGGGCUACCAGAUCUAAUUGCACCAACCCUGAACAUGGUACCUUUGCGUAUUCGAAGCCUCAAAAAGCCUACCAUUGAAAUCGCUCAUCAAAUCCAAAGCGACUUACAUGAGAUUAGCCGAGUAGAGCAUUCUGGAGUGUCUUUGGUGGAGAUUAUGGACUGGACCGGAGUCCAUGUGGAUGUGUUUGUCAAUUUCUUGAGAUUGCCAGAGUCUGGGUUCAAUGUUGCGCAAGGAAACAUUCGCUUUAUCCCAGUUCAGCGGGAGGAGAUAACAUCCAAUGAAAUAAAUGGUCAGGUCCAUGAGCACUUAGGCCUUUUGACUGGGGAAGAGGAGGAUUUAUCGAGAAUUUACAGAAAUUGCUUCGAUAUUGAAGUAGGCAUCCGUGAAGGAAAGAUGGACGUGGGAAUUUUCGGGUCGGAGACAGUUUUCGGUGAAGGGAAAGCCGGGAUAAUUCUAGACCAAGUACGAAAAGACUUAGAGCAGCUGGUUGCUUAA